AUGCUGGUCUUGCUGGCAUUGUUGGAGUUACUUGUGUAUUUCCUAUUGAUCUUGUCAAAACUCGCUUACAAAAUCAAAGAAUUGGACCUAAGGGGGAUAAAAGGAGUGAGUGACCCAUGUUCAGUAUUGACUGUGCAAAAAAGACUUGGAAAUCUGGUGGCAUGUCAAAAUUUAGCAAGGUUUGUUCUCAUCAGCUUAAUAAGAGCUCUUUACUCAGGAUCUGCUGUUAAUAUUGUUCUAAUCACUCCAGAAAAAGCUAUAAAACUUGUUGCAAAUGACUUCUUUCGCUAUCAUCUCGCCGUUCCUGGACAGAAAAAACUGUCAACUCCCCGAGGCAUGCUGGCUGGGGCAGGAGCUGGUGCACUACAGAUCAUUAUCACUACUCCUAUGGAACUACUAAAAAUUCAGCUACAGGAUCAAGGAAGAACAGGCGUACAAGGAGAGAAGAAAAUGACAGCACUUGGUGUAUCUAUGCAACUUUUAAGGAAGCAUGGCAUUGCCGGAUUGUACAAAGGUCUCGGCCCAACAUUCGCCCGUGAUGUCACAUUUUCAAUGAUUUACUUUCCACUUUUUGCUUACUUUGACUCAUUAGGCCCAAGAAAAAAGGAUGGUAGUGGAGAUGCUGUUUUCUGGACGUCAUUCUGUGCUGGAAUGAUUUCCGGAGCUAUCUCAUCUUUUUCAGUUACUCCUCUUGAUGUGGCAAAAACUCGGAUCCAAACGAUUAGAAAGAAAGCUCAUGAGCUGGUUUAUAAAAAUGUGGCGCAAGCACUAUAUAGUAUUUUGCGAACAGAAGGAGUACCAGCACUGUUUAAAGGAGCCGUUUGUCGUGUUGUGGCUAUCGCACCGUUAUUUGCUAUCGCUCAAACAGUUUACUAUUUUGGAGUAGCCGAAAAGAUUCUUGGUGUGAAGAAAGCCGCACAUGUCUAG